CCUUGUUGAAAGACUUACAGUGAAGAUGAGCGGAAGAGGCAAAGGAGGGAAAGGACUCGGUAAAGGAGGCGCUAAGCGUCACCGUAAAGUCCUCCGUGAUAACAUCCAGGGAAUCACCAAGCCCGCUAUCCGCCGUCUGGCUCGCCGCGGUGGAGUGAAGCGUAUCUCCGGUCUGAUCUACGAGGAGACCCGCGGAGUGCUGAAGGUGUUCCUGGAGAACGUGAUCCGUGAUGCCGUCACCUACACCGAGCACGCCAAGAGGAAGACGGUGACCGCCAUGGAUGUGGUGUAUGCCCUGAAGAGGCAGGGACGCACCCUCUACGGAUUCGGGGGUUAAACUCUGACUGGCAACCCAAAACCAAAGCCUGCAGCUGGUUCUAAGGAGUUUUGUCCAAUCAGAUGUCUGCUCUGUCUAUAUAAGAACAGAGGCCUCAUUUUGUAGUUUAAAGCACAUUGGAACGUUAUUAGAUAUUUAUUAGUCCCACAUUAGGGAAAAUGCGGGAUCACAGCAGCGGGUGCACAUUAGAGCAUUAAUAAAAGGCAAAUAAAACGGUAAAAAUAUUUGUAACAAUACUACAUACUAAUACUAAAUAUACAGAGGAAAAUAAUUACAUGCGCAAGGGGAAUUUUCAGCAGGUUAAAGUGUCCAGGAUAAAGUGCUGAGUGCCAAGAUCUCCAGCGAUCUACUGUGGUUUGUUGGUCAGCCUGACAGCAGAAAGGAAGGACUUGUGGUUCCUCAGACACUGGGGAUGAAUCAGCCGGUGGUUGAAGGAGCUGUGCACAGCUGCUAGUAUCAUGCAUAGGGUGGGAGGUGUGGUUAAUCAGGGACGAGAGCGUUGCCAUCAUCCACGCGUCCCCCAGUACCUCCACAGUAUCCAGAGGACACCCCAGCAUGCUGCUGACCUUCAUCAGCUUGUUCAGCCUCUUCCUGUCAGCCGCUGCCAUGCUGCUGCACCAGAAGACCACUCCAUAAAAGAUGGCUUAUGCCACCACAGAGUCAAAGAAGGUCUUCAGGAGUGCUCCCUGCACUCAAAGACCUCAGUCUGCUCUGUCCCUUUUUAUAAAGCGCAUGUGCGUGGUCAGGUGAACACCCAGGUAUAAGAUUGUACAAUCUCAAUGUCCAGUCCCUGGAUGCUCACUGGUACCGGAGGAGUGCCUUUACCACGGCGGAAGUCCACCACCAGCUCCUUGGUCUUACUGGAGUUGAUGUGGAGGUGGUUCCGCUGGCACCACACCAUUCCAAACAGUCCUGGUUCAGUUCUCUGUAUUCCCCGUCAUCGUUGACUUUUGGUGAAGAGGAAUGGAGCCAAAACCGUUCCUUGUGGAGCCCCUGUGCUGCAGAAGACCCGGUUUGACUCGCAUCCCUGUAUCCUCACAUACUGUGGACGGUUGGUUAGGUAGUUCAGGAUCCAUGCAGUGAGGUGGUGGUCCACCCCAGUCUGGAACAGCUUGUCCCUCAGAAGCAAAAGGCUGGAUGGUGUUGAAGGCACUGGAGAAGAACAUGACUCUCACAGUGCUUCCAGCCUUUUCCAGGUGAAAAGCAUCGCUGAAGCAGGAAGAUGACGGCGUCAUCCUCCCCGAUGCCAGGUUGGUAAGCGAACUGAAGUGGGUCCAAAAUGUCACUUAAAAACACAUUUAUUAAAAAUCUUUAAUUAGCCUGUGACACUAGUUAUUUGUACUAGUUUCUCACAAUAAUCAUCUGGUUUUGUUUUGCUGUUCUAUUUUGUCUUCAAAGUUCCUUGAGUACCAUUUAUGGCGCUAUGCAAAUAAAAUGUGAUGUUAUCCUCUUUGAAGAAUGUCAA